AUGCCUCAACUUGACCCAGCACCUUGAUUUGCCACUUUACUACUAUCGUGGCUUGUGUUCCUAACAAUUAUUCCACCUAAAAUUAUAUCACACCAAUUCCCAAAUGAAUUUAGCCCCCAAGGGACAAAAAAACCUCAAACAGAAUCCUGAACCUGACCAUGAUAUUAA